AUGGUAUAUGACUAUUUAUUGACUAAAUCAGAUUUUGAAAAAGCUAAAACAAAUUUUAAAAAAGCUAAAACAAAUUUUGAAAAAGUUCAAGUUGAAUAUAUACAAACUCUACAAAAAUGCUUUAUUAAAGCUUGUGCAUCUAAUGAUUAUAAUAAAUCCUUCAAAUUUUUUCAAACAAUUCAAAAUGAAGGUAAUAAUGAUAUUAAAGGUCAAGUCAAAAAUAAAUUAGGAAUGCCCGCAACUAUUUGGAUUAAUUCUCAUCAAAAUAAAAGUGAUUUUGGUGCAAGCGAACCAACAAAUAUCUUAUCAAAUAAUGAUAAUCUAUCGGAAAAAAGUAGCCAGCUGAUUAAUGACAAGAUUAAUGAGAAAGAAGAUGGAGUUAUUUCUGAAGAGAAAUUGAAAUGUAAAUCUGAUUACGAUAGUAGAGAGCAAAAUAAAAGCAAACAAAAGGAACUAUCUGAAUCAAGUUCUGAUUCUGAUAAAUAUAUAAAGAAUUUGAUUAGAAAAAGAAUGAAUGAUAUUUUUUCAUCAAAUAAAGAUCUAAAAGAUUUACAGAGAAUAUUCUUACAACAUUUUAAUUUUAAUGAAGUUUCAACACCUGUAUUACCAAUACUACAAGAUGUUGAAGAUUGA